AGGUGCCCAAUCCUCCCUCUAGAUGCACCUGGGCGAAGUUUUUCUGAACGCAGCCCAUAGUGCUUUAUUUCAGUGCAACCAAAUGCAACAACGCCGAUGUUGUCGAUUGGAAAAAUGAAUAAGUAGGAGUUCGAAGGAUUCGAGUUCAAGCGGUUUGAGCGUAAAGUGUUUUUAUCAGUGAGAGAAGUGAAUUUUUUGAAACGAUCUCUUGUUCCAGGGUAGUAAAAGUUUCGUAAAGUGUUAGAAAAAAAAAAACAUGACGAGGUUCAGCUUGUCACAGUGAAGUCGCGGCGACGAAUGUAACCUCUAUAACCUCGUUUGCGUGGAAGACUGCGGUAGAUCGUGGCCGGCGGAAUGGCGGUUGGCUCGACAAAGGUAGUCCAGGUGACGAACAUCGCGCCCCAGGCCACUAAGGAUCAGAUGCAAACGCUUUUCGGGUAUCUGGGCAAAAUAGAGGACAUCAGAUUGUACCCGACGAUCAGGGAUGUCGCCGUGCCCGUGCAGUCGCGCAUAUGCUACAUCAAGUUCCACGACCAGGGCUGCGUCGCUGUGGCGCAGCACAUGACCAAUACCGUCUUCAUCGAUCGUGCGUUGAUAGUGAUCCCGUACCAGAAUGGAGACAUUCCAGACGAACAACGUGCCUUGGAGCUGACUAAUAAUGGCACAGUUGUACCAGGCCUUUAUCCAUCGGAACCAAAGUUACCACCAAACGUUGUGAACGCCAUUGAGGGUAUCCCUCCAAAUCAUGUGAUUACCACAAUGGAUCCCAAGCUAGAAGCGAAUGGCCUGCCAUCCUAUCCGCAUCUGCCAGGUCAUCUGGACAGUAGACGUAUUGAAGAGAUCCGUCGGACGCUUAUAGUAGCGAAUGUGGAUACGUCGGUGAGCCCUGAACAGCUACUGGACUUCUUCAGCAACAACAACGUGGAGAUCAAGUACCUGCGUAUGUGCAGCAGGGACUCAGAUGCUGAGCAUUAUGCAUUGGUGGAGUUGUCGGAACAAGCCACUGUAGUCGCAGCAUUGCUGUUGAAUGGAAAGCAGCUAGUGGAACGACCAAUCAAGCUGUACCACUCGACGCAGGCAAUCGCCAAACCGGAGGCAAAGAGCAAUGAAGCUGCACAAAAGGAGAUUGAAGAGGCGAUGUCGCGGGUGAAGGAGGCGCACAAUCUUAUCUCUGCCGCGAUCGAUCCGAUGAUCGGCAUGCUUUCCAAGGAUAAGCGAAGCAGAAGCGGUUCGCGUAGCCGUAAGUCUCGUUCGCGAUCCCGCGGGCGUAGUCGACGCUCGAGAUCACGUAAGCGCUCGCGAUCGCGCCAUCGACGCUCGCGCUCCCGUCAUCGGCGUCGAUCGCGCUCGCGAUCCAAACGGUCCCGCUCAAAAGAUCGCAGGCGCAAUUCGCCAUCGAGACGACGCAGCAGCUCGCGCAGUCGCCAUCGUUCGCGUAGCAGAUCUAGGAGGUCGAGGUCGCGUCGGUCACCGUCCAGGUCAAAGGAGCGGAAAAAGAGGUCGCCGCGUCGUCGUAGUCGUUCACGUUCACGAAGCAAGGGUUCCACAUCCAGGUCUAGGCGAUCACGGUCUAAAUCCAAGUCGAGAUCGUCCAAGUCCAAGUAUUCCUUGGACAAAACCAAGGAUAAAGAUCGGGAUAGGCGCAGCAAGGAUAAGUCGGACAACGGUAAGAGGAGCGAUAGCGAUCGCGAAAGGCCCGAAAAGGAAAGCAGCAGAAGCGAGAAGAAAUCCAGUAAGGAGAAACGGUCCAGCGACAAGUCGGAAUCUAAACAAUCGGACGACAAGGGUAGAUCCGCAUCAGAGAACAACGAUAGCAAGGAGAAAACGAUGGAGUCGGAAAGCUAGACGAAGGCUUCGUUUACAAUUGACACAGUUUUCCAAGCAUCGUAAAAUUCAACAAGCUACCUGUUUGUUUUCGCUAAUGUAUUGGUACAGUAACAAAUACAUAUGGAUACACGACA